AUCAGCUAGCACACCUUCGUGUUCGUGUGCUUCAUUUCUUCCUCGCCGAUCGACGCGGGCGCAGUGCAGCGCGAGCGGGGCGCAGCAUAUCCUGAAGAUUUUGUUCCAGGCGCUUUCAGUUCCAUAUCGCUCUCGAUCUCCAUCCCAAGUCAGUCUAUAAAUCCGGCGCCCUCCACAGUUGCUUCCUCACUGCAUCCACACCCAAGAACAGCGAGUGUACCCAGCUCAAGGGGCGCGAGCUAGGUUUUGCUUGCACUGGCUCUCAUGGCCUGCCUCCUCGUCCUCGUCGUCGCCGCCGCGGUUCUCACGGCUCCACCAGGGAAGCUGGCGCAAGCUGCCCGGACGACGUCGCCGGAGGCCUUCUGGCGCGCCGCCCUCCCCAACGCUCCCAUGCCGGAGUCCGUCCGGGAGCUCCUGCGCCCUGGUAUGCACGCAGAGGUCAAGCCUCCAAGCGCUGACAGCCUCAAAGCUCGCGACGACGACCCGCCUCCCAUGAACUUCAACUACGACGACUACCGGGCCUCGUCCUCGAUGUCGCCUCGGGACGAGGCCGACACCGCUCCCGCUGCCAAGGCGGUGGAACACGCCUCCUCCACUGCCAAGGCGGUGGAGCACGCCGGCGGCGCCCGGAACGCCGCCACGGACGACGUCGGCGGCGACAUCGCCCGCGUGCCGCCGCAGGCGGCGGUGUUCUUCCUGGAGGAUGCGGUGCGCGUCGGCGGGAGCCUGCCGUUCCCGCGCGCGGCGCCCCACGGCGAGGCGGCGGCGGCGGAUCAGCAGGCAGCCCCGCUGGAGCUGCGCACCGUCCGCGCCGUUCGCGCCGUCGAGGGGUCCAGCUUCGUGCUGUGCCGCGGCGGGGCGCCCGGCGGCUCCGCCGCCGGCGGCGCCGUGUACGGGUGCCGCGGGGUCGUCGGCCCGGCGAGGGCGUACGUGGUGGACGUUGCUGCCGGGGAGCGCGGGGACGCGGUGAUCGCGAGUGUCGUGUGCCACGCCGACGACGGCGCGUCCAAGUCGAAGCUGGGGCACGCGGCGGCGGCUCUCCGCCUGCUCGACGUGAAGCCCGGCGGCGUGGCGGUCUGCUACGCCGUGCCCGACGCGCAGAUACUCCUGGUUAAGAGCAACAAGGACCCGUCCCCGGCGUAAUACAUGCUGGCGCUAUGAACUUGUGAUGCAGCAACGCUACUAGUACUACAUCAUUUGUAACGGUGUCGUGUUUGUUUUUUCCUUUUGGCGAAGAGCACGUGUGUCAGUGUGCUUCUCCAUGUACUUUUUUUUUUAAUUUGGUCGAGUGUAUGUGCUCUCUCUAGAGUGAGGAACGUCAGAAUAAAGGCCGGGUCCAUCUUCUUAUAAAAUGCAUAAAUAUUUUCA